AAUAAAGCUCUGCACAACGUGUGCCCAAAAUAGAAUUCCCAACUCGGAAAAGUCUCGGAAAAACUCAGAUGCAUCGAACGCAAAUUCCCGACAUGGAAAAUGUGUUAUCGGUCGAGUGAACGUAGUUCCGAUGGUGAGAAAAGUCGGAUUUCCUAUGGGAUUUUCCGGAAAAUCGCCUAGGUGAACUCGGCAUGUUGCUCUCGAUGAAAAACUGAUUUCUCGGUGCUAUUUACAAAUUUCCUCCGGGAUGUACUACGGGUUACGAAUAUUUUUUUUAACUCUCGUUUUUGGAGUUUGUUCCUUACAAAAGCCUAACACGGACAAUAGGAGACACGAUGUGUACAUUGCUGGAUUUUUCCCAUAUGGAAAAGGGGUGGAAAACGCAGAUACAGGUCGGGGGGUCAUGCCUAGUGUCAAACUGGCCUUGGAUCACGUCAAUGAACAUUCUGGAGUACUAAGAAACUACAGGCUUCAUAUGUGGUGGAAUGAUACUAUGUGCAAUGCAGCUGUUGGGGUGAAAGCCUUCUUCGACAUGAUGCACAGCGGUCCGCAUAAGUUGAUGCUUUUUGGUGCCGCCUGUACACACGUUACAGACCCCAUAGCUAAGGCCUCCAAGCACUGGCACUUGACACAGCUUUCGUAUGCCGACACCCACCCCAUGUUCACCAAGGAGAAUUUCCCAAACUUCUUCAGGAUAGUACCCUCAGAAAACGCGUUCAACCCUCCCAGAUUAUCCCUACUGAAGGAAUUCAACUGGACAAGGGUAGGUACCAUCUACCAGAACGAACCCAGGUAUUCCCUGGCCCACAACCGAUUGGUAGCUGAACUGGAUACCUUGGGGUACCAAGUGGUGGAAACUCAAAGUUUCACCAACGAGGUCAACUCUGCGCUAUCCAAGUUGAAGGAGAAAGAUACAAGGGUUAUUUUAGGUAAUUUUAACGAGAAAUGGGCGAGGCAAAUAUUCUGCGAAGCUUUCAAACUGGAAAUGUUCGGAAGAAAGUACCAGUGGAUAGUUAUGGGUACGUAUAGGAAGAAAUGGUGGACGAGGUUAGAACCGGACCUCAAUUGUACCCUAGAAGAACUGGAACACGCCCUGGAACAGACCCUACUCACCGACCUCCUACCCCUUUCAACCAGCGGAGAGAUAACGAUAUCAGGAAUAACAGCCGAGGAGUACCAGAUCGAGUACGAUUCUAGACGUGGCAAGGAAUACUCGAGAUUCCACGGAUACACCUACGACGGCAUAUGGGCUGUAGCCUUGGCCAUACAGAACGUAGCCCACAGGAUCAAAUACUACAUCAAGAACACCACGGUGGUGGAUUUCCGGUACAGGGACCCCUUCUGGGAGAAACUCUUCUUGGAGGCCUUGAAGAACACCAGUUUCGAAGGUGUAACCGGACCGGUGAGGUUCUACGACAACGAAAGGAAGGCUAGCAUAUUACUGAAGCAAUUCCAACAGGGGGAAGAGAUUAAAGUCGGGGAAUACAGUGCUGCCACCCAACACCUAGACCUUACGUUAGGGGCCCCUUUGAAAUGGAUAGGAAGGUAUCCACCUAAAGAUAGGACCCUAUUGAUAAUCGAACACACAAGGGUGAACAAAACAGUCUACGCCAUUCUGGCAACUUUAGCAGUUUGCGGCAUUAUAAUGGCAUCGGUAUUUUUGGCCUUCAACAUAAAGUACAGGAACCAGAGGUACAUCAAGAUGUCCAGUCCCCAACUGAACAAUCUGAUCAUCAUCGGCUGCAUGUUGACCUACACCAGCAUAGUGUUCCUAGGGUUGGAUUCAGGAUUAUCGAGCAUAGAGGCCUUCCCGUAUAUUUGCACAGCGAGGGCUUGGACCCUAAUGGCCGGUUUCUCCUUAGCCUUCGGGGCCAUGUUCAGCAAAACGUGGAGGGUACAUUCCAUAUUCACCGAUGUAAAACUGAACAAGAAAGUCAUAAAGGAUUACCAGCUGUUCAUGGUAGUGGGGGUGCUUCUUUUCAUCGAUCUGGUCAUCAUGACCACCUGGCAGGUUGCGGAUCCUUUCUACAGGGAAACCAAGCAGCUGGAGCCUUACCCUCAUCCCUCAAGCGAAGACAUCAUAAUCAUACCAGAGAAUGAAUAUUGCGCAUCUGAGAGAAUGACGAUAUUUGUCGGAUCGAUUUACGCCUACAAAGGGCUGCUGAUGAUAUUCGGAGCUUUCUUAGCUUGGGAAACGAGACAUGUAUCGAUACCAGCUUUAAACGACAGCCGACACGUGGGAUUAUCCGUUUACAACGUUGCCAUCAUGUGCAUAUGCGGCGCUGCCGUUGCUCUAGUACUGGUAGACCACCAAGAUGCCAUGUUCCUGAUCAUAGGUGUUUUCGUCCUCUUUUGCACCACGGCCACCUUAUGGCUGGUUUUCGUCCCUAAAAUGUUGGAAUUGAGGAGAAACCCCGCAGGUUCCAUCGACAAGAGAUGCAGGGCCACCCUCAGGCCCAUGUCAAAGACCAGAAGGGACUCCAGCGUCUCAGAGCUGGAGACCAAGAUGAAAGACGUCAAGUCUUUAAAUUCGAAGUACAGAAAGACCCUAUUGGAGAAGGAAUCCGAACUUCAGAUGUUGAUCAGGAGACUUGGGAACGAAGCGAAAGAGAUCCUAGAGGCCAGGACGGACUCCCUGAGCGAAACCAACAGGUUGUCCGUGCCCCUGAUCAGGAAAGAGGCCCCCAGCGCCACUGAAACCAGCGACUUAACCUCACUAUGCAGCCUGAGCUCCCAGGACUUCACCUCCCUGCAUCACAGCGACAGCCAGAAGAAAAGAAAACCGACAAUUCAAGAAUCCCCCAAGCACAACACCCCAAUCACCAACAACAACGUACAGUCUAACCCGGUGGAGCUGGAAACCGAGAAAAUCACUCAAAAUGGCAACAUAGCCAAACAGGUGGCAACGAACAUUGUUGUCAAGUCGGAAUACCAGAACCCUGACCCGAAGGAGGUGAACUGCACCAAAAAUCCAAUCCUCGAAGAGAUGGAGAACAAGGAGAACAUUUUACAGGAAAGGGUUAAGAGGAUAGAGGUUGCCUGUAAAACCCCAACUAAAACACCCACACACGAAAGGAAAAUAUCUAGGGUGAGCGAAAUCGACACUGAAAUCAACGAGAAAAGGAGGUGUAGCAUGAAGAACGAAGGUACUGAGUAUAACGAGGACAGCACAGGGUGUCCAAGAAGGGUCAGUAUACCCAACGCUAGAGGUACACCCAAGAAAAAACCGGACUGUGGGACACACGUAGUGGCCAAAAGUGAACUCUGGGACACAGGCAAUCAACAUAGGUGUUCGAAAAUUCAUCAGAAACCCCUCAAGAUGAUAUCUCAAGACGAAGAUUCUUUUUCAGAUGACGUUUACGUGCACAGAACAGUUUCAGAGAGGAACCGUCACAGCCAGAAGAGGGACAAGUCUCCGACGCCCAAGAAGGAGCUCUCCUCGUCCAACAUCAGCAACCAGCAGUGCAACAAAUUGGGUUAUUACCAGUCGACGCCUAACGUGGCCGCUCUGAAGCCAUCCAUCAAAGCUAAAAGGGACAAAUCGAUGUACAAUGCAACGUCAGAAAGUGAACUGUUAGAUCGCGAGAUCUUGCCAAUUUUUCAAAAACUUCUAACGGAACGUAACAAAAGCCAGCACAAUAUAGCUUUCGGAAGAAGCUGCCCUAACAUUUCUAUAAAGUGUGAUAUUGUUGAAUACCUUUAGUCCAGUAUCAUCCGACUAUCGGUUAGAUUAAAUUAAAUUAUAUUUAUUGUAACCCGAUUAUUUUUUCUUUUCAUAUCAUCAAUUGUUAAGGUUCUUUAUAUAUUUUAUUGACUGAGUUCUUUCCAAACAGCUUUAAUAGAAAUUCAAAUGAUUAUAUUUAUGUAAAACAUAUUUAAAUAACUAUAUUAUUGUUCUAAUGUAAAUAACCCUCCAGUUUAUUACUGAAAGCAGAAAAUACACAUCAUCGACUCAACAUUCAUUUUAUAUCUUUGUAUAAUGAAUAGAUUUAAUUUAGUAAUGUUAAAUGCUCAACUAACGAAUUUCUUCGGCUUUUGCUGUUUAUCUAUUUGUUAAGUUUGAAAAUAGAAGAAUCAAUGAAUUGCGGGAAGUUGAAAAAUACUAGCCAAAAAGAUAAACACUA